AUGACUUCAAACACAUUAGAAUUUUCACUUGCAGAUGCCAAAAAACCAACAGAAGAAACUGAAGCAAAGCCAACAGAAACAAAAGAAGGAGAAACUCCAAAGAAAAGUGUUUUAGAUAUGUCGUUGGAUGAAAUAUCUCAACAAAAACGUGAAGAAAGAAACAAAUUGAGAAGAGAAAAGAGAGAAAGAAAUGGUAACGAUGACAGAAGAGAUCGUGAUAGACGCAGAGAACCUCGUCAUGAAAAACCUAUUUAUACAAUGCUUGAUCUUACUGAUAGAGAGGCACGCGACUUCGCAGAAAAUGCUGGCAUUGAUACUGAUGGCUAUAAUGUUCAACUUAGACUUGUUAGAAUCAGAAGACACGACAGACGUUAA